AUGGCUUCCCCAAGUCAAAUAUCAUCAGUCACAAUUCAAAACCUUUCUUCCUUACCUCAUAAUACUUCACCUUAUGUUUCACCUCACUUCUUGCCUCCAAGAUCAACUUCUUUAGACGCUUUAUCAGUCUCGAGCACUUCUCAAACAUCACAAAGUGAUGAUGAAAUGCCAGUUUCUGUAAACACUUCGACAGAAUUUUUACGUCCAAGAAAUAACAUUGAUCAAGAAGAAAUUUAUUCCGAAUUAUCCUCACCAAGUGAUAGUGAGGAUGACGAAUUUGAAAAUAUUCCAAAUGAUCCACAAAAAUGGUCAAGAAGUAGAAAGAAUUUUAUACUUUUUAUUGUCGCUAUGGCGGGAAUUCUGGCACCGAUUUCUAGCACAAUCCUUUAUCCAGCAAUUCCUAAAAUAAAAGAUGAUCUACACACUAGCGCAGUAUUAGCCAAUGGACUUGUAUCCGUAUUUAUAUUUUUCAAGGGUGCGGCACCAUUAGUAUGGGCAUCAUAUUCAGAUACGUUUGGGACACGACGAAAAAUUUAUUUGGUAUCGUUCAUUAUAUUUAUCGUAGCAAGUGUGAUGUGUGGUUUCGCAAAAAAUAUUUGGACGUUGAUGGUGUUUCGCAGUUUGCAAUCUUGUGGUUCUUCAGCAGUACAAAGUAUUGGUGCAGGAACUAUUAGUGAUAUUUUUGCAGUUCAUGGUACUUCUUAUGGAAUUUUCUAUAUAGGUCCAUUAAUAGGACCACUCAUUGGUCCAAUAAUUGGAGGAUUUGUAACUUUCUUUUUAGGUUGGAGAUGGAUAUUUUGGAUAUUAACAAUUUUUGGAGGGAUAAUAUUAAUUAUCAUCUUUUUCACCUUGCCUGAAACUUUCCGUAAACAACCUCUUCCUCGGCGCUUGCUUUAUAAUCAAACCACCAACACCAAUACUCAAAAAAGAUUUAACCCUUUUUCUUCUUUAGCUUUAUUAAAACAUCCUUGGGUUUCAUUAAUUCAAGUUUAUAUAUGUGCAGUAUUUGCUAUAAUCUUUGUUCAAAAUACAUUAGUUCCAAGAUCCUUUGAAAAGUUAUAUAAUUUAAAUACAGCAGAUGUAGGGUUAGUAUUCUUGGCUCCAAGUGCAGGAUAUAUGAUAGGAAGUUUUAUUGGAGGAAAAUAUUCGGAUAUUGUUUUAUCCAAAUGUAAAGCACUAAAUGGUGGUGUGAGUUAUCCAGAAAUGAGAUUAAAUAGUUCAUGGUUAGGUGUAAUUGGAGUACCAAUUUCAUUCUUGGCUUACGGAUGGUUUAUACAAUGGAGACUUAAUAUUAUUUUACCAUUAAUUACCAUGUUUUUUGGUGGUUUUUCAACUUAUCUGACAUUCAACUCCACCUCUACUUACCUCGUAGAUGCCUUCCCAGGUCGAAGUGCUUCCGCAAUAGCCGUCUCAAAUUUCCUUCGUGGAAUUUCAGCGGCAUUUGCAUCAUUAAUUUCCAUACCAUUGGAAGACGCACUAGGAACUGGAUGGACCUAUACUUUAUUAGUUGUAAUAACUGUGUUCAGUACUUCAUGUUUAAUUUUAGUAUAUCUUAGAGGAAAAGUGUGGAGAGAAAGAUUCGGUAAUAAAGAUUUCUAUCAAAGAUAA